AUGGGUUGUAAGUGGCUGCCGAAGCUUCUUGGCUGAAGCCCAACGAUGACGCUUUGCGCGGGGCAUGGAGGGGCUGACGCGCAGCUGUAGUGGCAUCGAAGAUGGCGGCAGCAAAUGCUGCAUCAGGAUACCCUCCCCAGGGCAGCGCUCCUCAAGGCGGACAGGGUGGCUAUGUGAGUUGAGCAAAAUUCAAACGUCGUUGGAAUGCACAGCUAAUUCAAUAGCCCGGACAGCAGCAGUACCAAGCGUAUCCAGGGCAGCAAGGUGCCGCUCCUCCCGGCCAAGUAAGCUCCUCUUUCCACUCCCUUCUCGCUUGCUCUGCGUCGUCAUCAUCCUUCAUCACGCGCGCCGCAUCACCCUAGACUUCCGCAAGCUUUUAUUCUUCUCCACCUUGCUUUUGGCUUCUCUGGACCAACCCCACCGCCUGAAAAGCACCGCCCUUGGACGUCACACCGGACGGUUGCAGCCACAACCUUCAGCCACACAAUGCCGCUCUCCAGCAAGAUGGCUACGUCCUCGGGCAACUACAACGCUUACCAGCCAACACAAUAUCCCGUACAACCACCUAAUCCGUAUGGCCAAACUCCGCAGGUGCCUGGAAAUCCGCCACUACCGCUGCGCCCCGGCUCGCAAGCUCCGCCGCAGUCGCCUUACACACAACCGCCGAUUCCUGCUCCAUAUGGCGCACCAUCAUCCCCAUACCCUCAAGCACAGCCGGGAUAUAACAGACCCGCUCCACCACCGCCUGGCCAGCCACCUCAGUCUCCUGCUUUUCCUCCGUCGCCCAUGUCUCCGUAUUCAGGCCAAGCACCGCAGAACCAGUGGAGCCAGCCGCCACCUCCACAGCAAUACGGCCAGCAGCAGUACGGCCAACAACCUUACCAACAGCAAGGUCAAUGGAGCCAGCCACCACAGCCUCAAUACGGCCAGCCUCCGCAACAAUAUGGACAGCAACCCUACGGCCAAUAUGGUCCACCAGGAGGACCCGGAGGACCACCUCCAGGCCAGCAGUAUGGCGCACCACCUCCACCCCAGGGCCAAGGAGGCUUUGGAGGCCCCCAGGGAGGCCCACCUCCGCUACAGCAAGUGCAGGGUAGCCCUGCUGAGGUCCAGGCCUACAAGCAGCUGCUGCAGGACUGUAUCAACGAGAAGGGCCUCCAGACAUUCUACCCCCCAGGCUCGCCAGUCCUUGACCAAAUUGCACAGCAGGCGGCCGCAAAGAUCAACCAGGUUAUCCAGCGCUGGCGCGUGCAGAAGGAGAUUGCCAACGAUAUCGUGAAACUGGCUUUGUACGACGUCGUUCUUUACAUCGAUGACAGUGGCUCCAUGCAGUUUGAGGAGGAAGGCUCGCGUAUCAAGGACCUGCGCCUUAUUCUGGAGCGUGUUUCGUUUGCCGCCACUCUCUUCGACGCUGAUGGCAUCUCGCUGCGCUUCAUGAACACUGACCUCUCCGGUGUACGCGACCAGCAAGGCCGUCCCCUCCAGGACGGUGUCGCCAGCGAGGCACAGAUUGAGCAGAUUAUGCAUGGUGUUCAGUUCAAGGGCCUCACUCCCAUGGGCACCUCGCUCCGCAAAAAGGUCAUCGAUGAGAUUAUCCUUGGCAGGGCCGCCCAGGGCCAGCUCAAGAAGCCUGUGCUUGUCAUUGCCAUCACAGAUGGUCAGCCUGCCGGCGAGCCGCAGAACGCCGUCUUUGACACAAUCAGGUAUGCGUUCGACACUCUGCAGCAAAGGUACCCUCAGUACGGCCGUGGCGGUGUCGCUUUUGAGUUCGCGCAGGUUGGCAACGACGAGGCGGCCAAGAAGUUCCUUGGAAAGUUGGAUGAAGACCCGCAGAUUGGUCCCAUGGUGGACUGCACUUCCAACUACGAGAACGAGCAGGAGGAGAUGUCUCGCGCCAACCCGCCCGUCGACCUCACCCCGGACCUAUGGAUCAUCAAACUCCUCCUCGGCGCCAUUGACCGCUCCUACGACUCCAAGGACGAGAAGAGCAACCCUGCGCCCGGCGGCUACGGCGCCCCUCCCCAGCAGGGCUACGGCCAGCAGCAACAGUACGGCGGCCCACCUCAGGGCGGCCAGUACGGCGCUCCCCCGCCAGGCCAGUACGGUGCGCCUCCAGGCCAGCAGCAGUACGGACAGCCGCCACAGGGAGGUCAGUACGGACAGCCGCCUCAGCAAGGGUACGGACAGCAGCCCGGCGGAUACCCGCCGCAAGGUCAGCCGUACGGCGGCCAGCAGCAGCAGCAGCGUCCGCCGCAGGGUGGCCCCGGUGGUCCUGGUGGAUACCCAGGCCAGCAGCAAUACGGCCAGGCGCCUCCUCAAGGCUACCCUGGCGGUCCUGGCCGUUAA